GCAGCAGACGCUCAGUGCUCCUCUCGCCGUACGGAGCGGAGGAGGAGGAGAGGCUGCAGAUUAGUGAAUGUCUAUGUAGUUAUGCCUGAGCUCCUGGAAUAUAUGUCUUAUCUCGUUCUCUCUCCCUAAGCGCUUUUUUCUCCUGUUUUCUCCCAUCGAGUUCACUUUUACCUAUGCGCCUUCUCUUGGGGGAGACGACAAGGAAAAGCUGGCUGUGCGUCAUGGUGCCUCUUUGCGCAUUAUUUCUGGAUCUGGAUUCUGGAAAGAGUUCUUUCGCUUGGACAAAAAAUGAAGCGCUUUUUCAGUGUGAGUGGCAGGAGAGGGAGCGUUUCGCAGCCUGUGUCUCCCUCUGAACAUUUGGCUGCAGCUGCCGGUGAUGUGCAUUAAGCCACCGAAUAAAGGGGGGGUUGCAUUAAGCGGCUUCUGCUCCCUUUUUUCUUCCGAGGCUCCUCUGGCUCUGAAAAUGUGCCAAGUCCAUCCAACACAGAGGAUCCCAAUGAUUUGCAGAAGUGACGAUUUUUUUCUGUUCACGGAUUGAUUUUUUUUGGGGGGGGGGUUGUUUGUUUUUGUUUUUAUUUUACGCAUACGCAAUACGCAUUUUUGGAGUGAAGGUCGAUGGAGAGGUUUGCGCAACUCUGGUGCGUCACGGUCCCGUUUUUACACCAAAUAACGGCGGUGCGCCUGUUUUCUGCGGCCGGUGUGUUUGUGUCUGUGUGAGUAUGUGUGUGUGAGGGCGCCUUCCUUCCCACCCCUCUCUCGACUGUGAGAGCUCCCCGAUUUUUUUCUUCCCCCACUCCAAGGCUUACGCUCCACAGUUAAAUGCUGGAUCUAUAUUUCAGCGACCUUUUAUGGCUGUAAAAAUGCUGAGCAGUGUCCUCUUUCUGAGCGUCCUCACGGUCACCAGCCUGUCGCCGUCCGAAACGGAGAGCCGCAAAACUUCAGCAUCCAAAGACAUCUGCAAGACCCGCUGCGCCUGCGAGGAGCGGGAGAACGUUCUCAACAUCAACUGUGAGAAUAAAGGAUUUACCACCGUCAGUCAGUUCCAGGCGCCGCCGAAUAAAAUCUCUCAGCUUUUUCUAAACGGAAACUUUCUGUCACGGCUCAGCGCCAAUGAAUUCGUCAGUUACGGCAAUGUCACCUCGCUGCAUCUGGGAAAUAACGGUUUGCAGGAGAUCCGAAGCGGCGCCUUCAACGGGCUUCGCUUCCUGAAGCGGCUCCAUUUGAACAACAACAACCUGGAGGUGAUUAAAGAGGACACCUUUGCUGGACUAGAGAGUUUGGAGUAUUUGCAGGCAGAUUAUAAUUACAUCAGUGCCAUAGAGCCGGGCGCUUUCAGUAAACUGAACAAACUCAAAGUGUUGAUCCUUAAUGAUAACCUGUUGUUGUCUUUGCCCCCCAAUAUUUUCCGCUUUGUGCUCCUCACCCACUUGGAUUUACGUGGCAACCGGCUCAAGAUGCUGCCGUUUGCGGGGGUCCUGGAGCACAUAGGGGGCAUCAUGGAGAUCCAGCUGGAGGAGAAUCCGUGGAACUGCACCUGCGAUCUGAUCCCUCUCAAAUCCUGGCUAGACUCUAUCUCUGUGUUUGUCGGGGACAUCGUGUGCGAGACGCCGUUUAGGCUGCACGGUAAAGACAUCACUCAGCUCAUAAAGCAGGACCUGUGCCCGCGCAGGAACGCCGGGGAGCGUGUUCACCCCCCCUCCGACUCUCACUUUCAAGGAGCCCUGCCCCCGACCUACCACCCCGGCAUGGUCACCCCCACCCGCGCCCCGAAAGCUUCCCGCCCUCCCAAAAUGCGGUACAGGCCCACCCCUCGCAUCUCGAAGGACAAACAUGUCUUUGGGCCCAUCAUGGUUUACCAGACGCGCUCCCCUGUGCCCAUGUUGUGUCCCAGCGUGUGUGUGUGCACGUCUCAAAACCCUGACAGCGGACUGAACAUCAACUGCCAGGAGCGGAAGCUGCAUAACAUCAGUGAGCUCAAUCCCAAGCCCUCCUACCCAAAGAAACUCCAUCUGACCGGUAACUACUUGCAGGUGAUUUACAGAGCAGAUCUGACUGAGUACAGCUCAUUGGAGCUGCUCCACUUAGGAAAUAACAGAAUUGCAGUGAUUCAGGAAGGGGCAUUCGAGAAUCUGACAAACCUCAGACGGUUAUAUCUUAAUGGGAAUUACAUUGAAUCACUUUCUCAAUCCCUUUUCGUCGGUCUGCAGUCGCUCCAGUAUCUGUAUUUGGAAUAUAACAUCAUCAAGGACAUUUUACCACAGACAUUCAACGCUCUGCAUAACCUGCAGCUGCUGUUUCUCAACAACAACCUGCUGAGGUCGCUCCCUGACAAUGUGUUUGGGGGAACUAUGCUGACGAGGCUCAACCUGCGAAAUAACCACUUCUCCUACCUGCCGGUUAAAGGGGUUCUAGACCAGCUUUCAGCUUUCAUCCAGAUCGACCUGCAGGAAAACCCAUGGGACUGCACCUGUGACAUUGUGGCACUCAAAAACUGGAUGGAGCUGUCCAGUACCAGUGUGGUGGUCAACGAAAUCACUUGUGAUUCGCCUUCCAAACAUGCAGGUCGCCUGCUGCGCUCGCUUCGCAACGAGGCCAUAUGCCCUGAGCCUAGUGAAGUGCCCCCACCACAACUUGCGCCCCCUACAAAAGCCCCUACAUUAAUAAGCCCUGCAACUGAAGCCACCACCUCCUCUUCUUCCUCUUCUUCUUUUAGCUCUGUUAGCCCCACUGAAGCCAGGCUCCACACCCCUGACUUACACCCUGAGGUCCCACUUUCAGUCCUGAUUCUUGGCCUUCUUGUUGUUUUCAUCCUCUCAGUAUGCUUCGGCGCAGGCCUCUUUGUUUUUGUUCUGAAACGGCGCAAAGGGGUCGAGCACGUUCCCACAAGUGCUAACAACUUAGAUCUGAACUCUUUCCAAGUGCAAUAUGGCUCCUACACUCCGGAACCGACCCAAGACAAAACAUCCGAGAGCCACAUGUAUAACUACAUCCCCCCACCCGUGGGCUCCAUGUGCCAAAACCCUAUUUACAUGCAGAAGAAUGGUGAGCAGGUGGCUUAUUACCGCAACCUGAAGGAGCUCAGCUUUGGGCCCCUGGAUGCAAAGAAAGAUGAUGUCCUCACGCACAGCCCAGGGGCCUACACCAUCAGCACAGUGGAUUUUAUGGAUAAAUCGCCAACAUCAUGUGGUUUGACCACCCCAGAGCCUCCUGAGAUGCUGUAUCAAAACUUGGGGGAGAGGCCCAACAAAGAGCUUCCCACAGCUGCUGGCGUCCCUCCUUUCAGUUACAACUUUUGCACUUUACCGAAGAGACCUUGCAUCGUGCCCCCCUACGAGGCCGCUACGGCCCGGCGGCACGUGACUAACCAGGACAGGUUGAACAAAGCUGUUCUGUACGGGACCCCCAGGAAAUACUACGGGGCUGAACACCUGUCCAGAAACAAUGAGCACCCACUGCUGCUCCCGGGGAAGCUAAAAACAGAACCAGACUACCUGGAGGUUCUGGAGAAACAAACUGCGAUGAGCCAACUGUAAGAUAGCAACAAUGCCCUGCCCCUAAUUCAUAAUAAUCAUGCAAUUACUCUGAUAAUAGCCCUCUCUAUAUAUCUAUCUUAUCUAUCUGUGUUCAAUCCCACAUGAUUGACUGGAAGUGAACUGCAGCUUUCAAUGACCUUUGUUAUCUCUUCCUUUUCUUCUCUAUUUUUGUUUCAAAAUGUAUAAAAGGAGUAUAAGUAUAUAAUAACAGAGUUUUAUUUUAUCUCCUGGAAGGUAUAAAUUAUUUCUUCUUUCUGAAAAAUGAAGCUCUUAAAGACUUUGAUGACGGCAGGUAUAUACAGUAAUGGUCAGGACUGUGUACAAUUACGGCUUUGUGCUUUUCUGUGAGAAAAAAAAAAGUACGAAAUAACUAUUCUUUGUAGAAGAGGAAAUGCUACAGAUCGACAUUCCUGUACAUACUUAACACACAGAUCAACCGUGAGUGUUAGACCAUAAGAGAAAAACAAGCGGCAAAAUCUUACUACACUUAAUCCAGAAAGUGCCUUUGCACUCAACUAUUUUACCAACAAUGCUCUCUGCAAAAUGGAAAUGUUACCUUUUUUUGGGUUAGUGCUGUAUUUUAAAAAAAUAAAUCAAAUUGUUAUGUAAAAUGUAAAAUUUAAAAAGAAAAAAAAAUGAACUUGAGACUGAGUGUGAAAUUAUAUUUGAGUUGUGGACAGGGAGAAUCAUGUUAUUUUGCUUUCAGUAUGAAGUGUCUUUGGAAAUGUACAACUUCUAGAGAACAUUGUAUGCUAUGGGGGAAUAAUACAGCGCGACAAAAUGGCGCCAUUAAAUUUUCACUGAAGCACUUUGUCAAGA